CCGGCUACGAUAGCUGCCUGAUGACGGCAGUAAAGGUGUUCUAUUACUUUAACUCCUUUGUAACUGUCAGAUGUAUAAUACAUGGAAUAUUUUCAGAUCUUGUUUUCUUUCUCCACUAUGAUUGGUUAGGAUACACGUCACAUUACUGCAACAAACGCCAGUAGUAAUUAAUUACGGUGCUGUAAUUGGUGGCCGCGAAAUACGUGGAAAUCGGCUGGGCGACUUGGGAUGCGGCAGUAAAUGAACCGUGCAUUUCUAGAAGCUACAAUAGUCGGCACACCUCAUACAGACGUCCAUUGUGCUCUGUGCCACACGCAGCAAGAGACUGCUGAGACAAUGAGGAAUAUGGAAACCGAUCUGAUGAUGACCAGUAUACAGGUGAACAAACCGAAAUUUAGGAGAGCCUGUAAGUGUGUGACAAGAAAGGACGAGGAGAUUCCAAAAUCAGAAAAAGAACGGAUGCGCGUGAUAGUGUUCCAAAGACUAUUUGGAGUGUCAGUUGUCUUAAAUGUUGCCUUUCUGGUCACUUUGGCCUAUCUCAUGGUUGCAGUCCUCCGUCAGGACACCUACACAAUGAACAGCAUGUGUCAACAAACUAAGAACUAUCCGUCCAGUGUAGAAAUAUAUGACAAAAGUGACCUAAACAAGGUGUUUCAUGACUUGACAUUAGGUGAAAUUCAUAAUGUUAUACGAUAUGUCUAUUCUCACAUUGAAACCUUUAACAUACGCACAUCUGCCUAUUCCAAUGUGUCAUCCUCUCUCAUUUACUCAAUUGAACGUUUUAUUCCAUCCAAGGAUGAUAUCAUCAAUUACUUAUCUCAGUCUGGAAAUAUGCCAAUUCGCGAGGCACAAGUUGUCAUCUUCCACGGUCAGCGUCGAGUUGUCAACGAGUACGUUAUAGGUCCUUUAAAACAGAACCACUCUACUACCUUGAUGACAAGCCACAGGAGUAAGCGGGUGCCGGCCCGUUCCUUGCCCUUUAGAUUGAGGCAGGUAACCUCCUCCGAAUUAUGGGCCAUCCAUACCACUAUUAUGGAAUACGCAUCACUCCAUGAGGUCAUGAAGCAGAGUUUCGGUGCCACGCUGUACAACUGUAUCGAUGCAAGUAAUACGAAACGAUGCGCGAACAUGUAUAAACUGUUUGUACCUGUGGUAUAUUCUAAACGUAGAAUGUUAUGGGUUCAGUUCUAUUACGAGAUGGAAUUCUAUACCAUACACCCUAUUGACUUUCAGCUACUCAUAGAUGUAGAUAUUGAUUCCCCAAAGUGGACAAUAAAGAAAGUUUGGUACAACCUCAUCUUGUACCCUUCGUAUGAGGAUUUCAUAAAUAGUUACAAGAACGGAACAGCAGCUAGAAUUAGACAAAGUUUCCCAGAAACUGACAGAAAGUCACCGAGACCAUAUGGCUCUUUGCGACCGCAGCGUGUCCCCUCCAGUAAGAACACCAAGCGGCCACCUGUUCAAUUAGAACUCGAUGGCCACCGGUAUAAGGUUACAGGUCAGGUGGUUAAAUAUUUAAAGUGGAGUUUUCACUGGGUUAAUUCUCUUAAGAAGGGUCCAACAUUAUUCAAUGUGCAGUUUGGAAAAGAGCGAGUUGUGUACGAAAUGGGACUACAGGACAUAGUUGUUAUAUACACAGGAGACAGUCCGGCAAUGUCUCGCACAGCUUUUGCAGACGGAUUUACAGGCUUAGGUAGUAAAUCAGCUGGUUUAGUUCCCGGUGUUGAUUGUCCAGGCUACGCCACCCUCCUGAAUGUUACCAUAACGACGGAAGACUUUCAAACUGGAGGGGUUCUGCCGAAUGCGAUUUGUUUGUUUGAACACAAUCUUGGUCGCCCUUUGCGUCGGCAUUAUUCUACAAAUGUUGCGGAAGGAGGCGUCUUUUAUGGUGGUUUAAUGGCAACUGUUCUCAUCUUUCGCACGAUCUACGUUAUCAAUAAUUACGACUAUGUACUAGACUAUAUGUUUUAUGAGAACGGCGCUAUAGAAAUAAAGAUAUAUCCAACAGGCUACGUUCUUACAGCUUUUCAACAUCCUUCCGAACGAAAAUAUGGAUUCACAGUUGGAGAAAAUACAACAGCGCCAAUGCAUCUGCAUUUAUUUCAUUUCAAAAUAGAUAUUGACAUCUUAGGAAAGAACAAUAGUUAUGAAACACUGGAUAUUGGCGUUGAACAGUUCGACACUCCAAACCUCGAUGGACGAGGUAUUGAUGACAGUUACAGAUAUAAAUUAACACGACAAUUAAAACAUACGGAACUAGAGGCGGCUUAUAAAUUCAACUUUUCGCAACCAAAGUACCACAUUGUUUAUAACCCGAAAAAGAAAAAUAAUUACGGUGAACAUAGAGGUUAUAGGAUACAGGCAAAUGGAUUUGCAAACCAGUUGCUGCCUAAGGACAUCGGGUUUGAGAGCACUAUUCCCUGGUCACGUUACCAGAUGGUCGUAACUAAACACAAGGAUGCAGAAGAGUCUAGCGGGUCAGUUCACACGACACUAGAUGCAGGUCAACCGGUCGUCAACUUCCAGUCUUUUAUAGAUGACAACGAAAACAUUGUUGACGAGGACCUUGUGUUCUGGUUGACAUUGGGAACCCAUCAUAUCCCGAAAGCUGAAGACAUACCGAACACAGCUACUUCAAGUAGUAUUUUGUCCAUACAACUGACUCCGUUCAAUUACUUCAACGAGGAUCCGUCCAUAAAUUCUAGAGAUUCAGUGUACAUCACCCCAAAAACAGAAUUCGAGCCCAAACAGGGCCUCAAUAUUGAAAAUAACGUUGAUCAUAAAACUGAAUCUUGUCUACCAAAAAUGUUUAGUUUUGAUGAACUGAAGAAAGAUGGGACAUCAAUAUUUUUUCCUUAUUCAUGAUUUGAUAUGAAUGCAAUA